AUGCGUGGACAUGAUGUUUUACAUCCAAUUGGCUGGGAUGCGUUUGGAUUACCGGCUGAGAAUGCGGCCAUCGAGAGAGGGGUUCAGCCAGCUGAGUGGACGGUGCAGAAUAUUGAGAGAAUGAAGGAUCAAUUAAGGAGCUUUGGUCCGGCGUUUGAUUGGGAGAGAGAAUUGAUGACGUGCUCUCCAGAGUUCUAUAAGCAUACCCAACGGAUCUUUUUGAUGCUGUUUGAAAAGGGGUUGGCAUAUCAAGCCGAGGCUCUGGUUAAUUAUGAUCCUGUGGACAAGACUGUGCUGGCCAAUGAGCAGGUCGAUGCCAAUGGCUUCUCAUGGCGAUCAGGAGCCAAGGUUGAGCAACUUAAAUUGAAGCAAUGGUUCUUCCGCAUCACUGCAUUCAAGGAGGAGCUACUCAAAGAUCUUGAUUCUUUGUCUGGCGGCUGGCCAGAACGCGUCCUCUCUAUGCAAAGAAACUGGCUGGGAAAGUCGAAUGGUGCAAACAUCAAGUUUGCAGUUACUUCAAAACACAACAAUGAACGCGAUGUAGAAGUUUUCACCACUCGACCAGAUACAAUGUAUGGUGUGGAAUACAUCGCGCUAUCAUUGGAUCAUCCUCUUGUUCAAGAGGCAGCCAAGUCAGACGCUAGUCUCAAAGCUUUCAUUGAAGAAGCUGCAUCCCUACCGCCAGACUCAAAAGUAGGCUAUCGCUUGAAAGGUGUUUACGCCUCGAAUCCCUUGCAGGUCAUCGACAAAGAGAGCCCACAUAUUUCGAGAGAGCUGCCCGUAUUCGUCGCUCCUUACGUCCUGAGCGGCUAUGGCGAGGGAGCUGUCAUGGGUGUCCCUGGGCAUGACACUAGAGAUCUAGCUUUCUUCAAGGAGAAUCUACAGUCGGAAUUCAUUCCACUGGUCAUUCAGCCGGAAUCGCAAGUUCAAGAUUCGUCCCUCGUUUCUGUACAAGAUGUAAAAGCUUUCACGAACGAAGGCUACCUGACAUCCCGAUGCUGGAAAUAUCAGGGCCUCAGCUCCAAAGAGGCGGCAAAACAAAUCGUGGCCGACCUCGAGCAAAUCGGUCGAGGCGAAGCUGCAGAGUCCUGGAGACUACGCGAUUGGCUAAUUAGCCGACAGCGUUAUUGGGGUACUCCAAUCCCCAUGAUACACUGCACAAGCUGUGGUCCAGUACCCGUUCCAGUCGAUCAAUUACCCGUCAAAUUGCCCGAGAUUGGAGGUGAAUGGUUCAAAGCUCAGAAGGGUAAUCCGCUCGAAUCUGCCGCAGACGAUUGGUUGCACACGGAAUGUCCAAAAUGUCAUGGACCGGCAAAACGUGAUACAGAUACCAUGGAUACAUUUGUGGACUCAUCGUGGUAUUACAUGCGCUAUUUAGACCCUAAGAACCCCAAAGAGCCAUUUUCACCUGCUGUCGCUCGUCCAGUUGACAUCUACAUAGGCGGUGUUGAGCACGCUAUUCUUCACCUUCUUUAUGCAAGAUUUAUAUACAAGUUCUUGACACAAACCGAGCUUUUCCCGGAACUGGCACAUGCCCAGCCCAGUCCCGCGGCUCCCUCAGUAUCAGAGCCCUUCCGGACAUUGUUAUCGCAAGGUAUGGUUCACGGGAGAACAUACUCCGAGCCAUCGACAGGUCGAUUCUUGCUCCCGUCUGAGCUUGAUUUGACCGAUAAGAACAACCCUCUGAUCAAGGGUACAACCGUACGCCCGAAUGUUUCAUAUGAGAAAAUGUCCAAGAGUAAACACAAUGGCGUCGAUCCUAUGAUUUGUGUGGAAAAGUAUGGAGCGGACACGACGCGCGCACACGUCCUCUUCUCGGCGCCGAUCGCGGAGGUCCUUGAAUGGGACGAGACGAAGAUUGUCGGCAUUGAGCGAUGGUUUAUACGGCUUUGGAAGUUGGUUUGGGAUGCCACUAUAAUGCUGUCGCAGACGACGCAGGGUAAAAUGACUUUGUCUGUGGAGGACAUCCAAGGGAAACCACAUGCAUUCCCGAAACUACCGAAUCCCAUUAACCUCCCCGACGCCGAUGUCGAUGCCCUCCUCGCUACACACGACACCAUCAUCUCAGUGACAAAUUGCAUCGAGAAGAACCCCUAUGCCUUGAAUACAGUCAUAUCCGACUUGACCAAGUUGACAAACACGCUUGCCUCCAACCGGCCAAACGACACUGAAAUUUUGUAUACAUGUAUCUCAUCUCUUCUACGACUGUUAGCACCAAUCGCCCCAGCUCUCACAUCCGAGACUUGGGAGAUCCUACACUCCGAGCUAUCCAAAGAUACAGAAGCUAUCAACAUGGCAACAACGACAUGGCCAACACCUUUGCUUUCAGAGACCGAGGCAAACGCCCUCCGAGCUCGUGGCGGUCAGAACGUCGGAGUCCAGAUCAACGGUAAAUUACGCUUCAACGUGACAAUUCCCCGAUUGAUGUCCGGCGCUACCCCGACCGCAUCAUCGGAACUACAGAUGGAUGAAAAGACGUGGAUAAUAGAUCAGAUUCUAGCAACAGAGGAAGGGAAAGUGUGGCUUAGAGAGAAACAUGAUUGGGAGAAGAGGAGGAGGGUCAUUGUUGUUCCUGGCGGGAGGGUUGUGAAUAUUGUUUUUUAA